AGUUUAUCUCAGGAACGAGAGACAUAAUUUUGUUUAGGGUCUUCGCUUUACUAUUUUGUUAUAAUCCUUGGAGGCUAUUAAAAAAAAAAAAAAAAAAAACAAUAAAGCGCAUGCAAGUUAAGAUUUGUUGGUUAAAGUAAAUGGAGCGAAGUUGAAAAUAUUUGACGUCCGAAAAUGGAUGUAGAAAUGAGUGGAGAAUCUAAUACGACGGUUAAAAAGAAGAGCAAAAAACGCGUAUACUUGCCUGGUAAUCAUAAAAACGAUGGAGAAUUGGAAUGCGACCAUUCGGCCUAUAUUAUGUUACACGAAGCUCAAACAGGUAAUCCCUGUUUGAGCUUUGACAUAGUCAGAGAUAAUCUGGGCAACAGUCGAGAGGAGUAUCCACUGACCGCCUACUUGGUGGGGGGGACGCAGGCAGAGUCGACGCACACGAACACGCUCAUCGCCAUGAAGCUAUACAACAUGCACAAGACACAGAAAAAAUCUUCGGAGGACGGAAGCGAUUUGGACAGUGACAGUGAUUCUGACAGUGAAGACGACGAAGAUGAAAAGCCACUGAUGUCGUUUGCUCUUAUCAAGCACCCUGGCUGUGUUAAUAGGAUACGUUGCACCGUGGCGGACGGCACCACGCUGGCGGCCUCGUGGUCGGAGCUGGGCAACGUCAGCGUGUGGAACCUGAUGCCCCAGCUGGCGGCCCUGGACAGCGAGCAGCUGAUGAAGAGCUACAUCGACGAGAACAAGCGCGGGUCGACGCGGCCGCUCUUCACCUUCUCCGGCCACCAGGUGGAGGGCUUCGGCCUGGACUGGUCGCCCACCGUGCCCGGCGUCCUGGCGUCCGGGGACUGCAAGCGGGACAUCCACGUGUGGCAGCCGGUGGAGGGCGGGACCUGGCGGGUCGACCAGCGGCCGCUGGUGGGGCACGUGGCCUCGGUCGAGGACUUGCAGUGGUCUCCCAACGAGCGCAGCGUCCUGGCCUCGUGCUCCGUCGACCAGAGCAUUCGUAUCUGGGAUACAAGAUGCGUGCCCAACAAGGCUUGCAAGUUGACUGUGUCCAAGGCGCACGAAAGCGACGUGAAUGUCAUCAGCUGGAACAGAAACGAGCCUUUUAUUGCCUCCGGUGGGGACGAUGGAGUGGUGAAUAUCUGGGAUCUAAGGCAGUUCAAGGAUGGCACAGCAGUGGCAAUGUUCAAGCACCACACGGAGCCAAUAACCACCAUAGAGUGGCAUCCGUCCGAAGCGUCAAUCUUUGCAUCGGGAGGUUCGGACAAUCAGAUAGCGUUGUGGGACUUGUCUGUCGAGCGGGAUGAAGAGGCAGGGGAGGAUGACAUGGAGGAGCUGCCGCAGCAGCUGCUGUUCAUCCACCAAGGCCAGGACGACAUCAAGGAGCUUCACUGGCACCCGCAGCUGCCGGGCGUGGUCUUCAGCACGGCCCAGAGCGGCUUCAGCGUGUUCCGCACCAUCAGCGUGUGAGCGCCCGUGCGUUGCUUGGGGAGGGAGCAGUGCUUUGUUACAGCAGCGUUCUGAAAGACUUCAACCUUUGUUUAAAAAUAAAGCCGGAGGGAAGGAAAAGGCACAAGCAUUUUCUUUUUUGCUUGAUUUCUCGUGGGUCACAUGUCGAAUAUUCAAAUUCUAUUUACGGAAUUACAUAAGGUACAAAAUGGU